AUGUUUUGCCGGUGUGCGUUGGCAGCUGUAUGGCAAGUGUAUUAUCUUGUUCAAACUUUAUCUGACUUUUCUGAUGGCCUGCCGACAAAGUAUUACCCCCUUCAGCCCUGGGAUAUCAUAGAUGUUGCUGAGGCUCGUAUUAAUAAUAUUACCAUCAAGAUUCACAAAAUCAAGCUGUACAGUGCAAAGAACCACAAGUCGGGCUUCAUGCAGUCAUAAC